GCUGUUUUCCAUUGCCUUUUUACUAACCGCGUACUCUUCCGCUGCCAAUAUGACCGACGAUAUUCCAACAACCUCCAAACCCAUCCGUGACAACUAUGGCAUCCGCGGCAGACAUGCCCAUGGCAGAUUCGGGUGCCGCGACUGCGGCGAAAUAUUCCAAACCAGCCUGAAGCUCUACCGCCACCGCGUCUCUCACCUGCCCGUCGUGCGAAUAAAGUUCCUGGGCAAGGUCGUUAUUGAGUUCCAAAAGCACGCUGAUAACCGCGUCGAGUGCCUUUGUGGCAAAGACAUUACAAUUGUCAAUAUGAUUAGCGUCCACAAAUACCACUGCCAGGCGUGCAUGGAGGAGGCGCGUAGGAGGCUCGACCAGAAACCAGAGUCAAAGAUACCGUCCAACGAACACGGGCAGCAGCCUGCAAACCCCUGCCGCGAAAUCAACAGAGAAACCCGCACCAUCAAAUAACGAGGCUGUGGCUAGUGCUGGUGCGGAGGAGGACAGUCAGGAACUGGAUGCCAGCACACCGCUCGGAAAACUUGGCCUAUACCUCCAUGCCCCGACACGCCUGGUUAUUUGCAACAUGUGUCGAUACG